AUGGACCAACCACCUGGUUUCUUCGAUCCACGAUUUCCGAAUCAUCCAGUAUCUACUCUGCUAGUGGCUGGUGAGACACUUACCAAGGAUGGAAAUCCAUGUUCCGACACCACUCUUUAUCGCUUGCUUGUAGGUGCUCUUCAGUAUUUAACCAUCACUAGACCGGAAUUGUCAUAUGUUGUAAAUCUUGUAAGUCAGCUUUUGCAAUUGCCAAUAGAGGCUCAUUUCUUGGCUGUAAAAAGAAUUUUGCGCUAUUUUAAGGGGAUGUUAUCCUCUAGUCUCUCUUUCACUUCACAGCCUGAUCUCUCCCUAAUUAGUUACUUAGAUGCCGAUUGGGCAAGGAAAUCUUGUACUUGGAGUGCCAAGAAGCAAUCAGUAGUUUCUCACUCUAGUUGUGAAUCCGAGUAUGGUGCCAUGGCCAGUACCGCUUCUGAGUUGAUUAAGUGGGUAUUGGACUUUGAGGUUGUGAGACUUUAG